CCGAGAGAGAACGGUGGACUCCAUUGCUGUCCUGAGUGCGUUUCUCGUCGGCUGUGUCGUAUUGCGUGUCUAUCCGUGCUUUCGUGCACAUAAGUUUUCUUUCCACAUUGGAGAUAUUGUGAAUAGUAUUCUUUGUGUUUAGUGCCUGAACAAUAUUUAAAAUCGUCAAACGUAUCAAGACGUAAAAACGAGCCAAAAUGGCUGAUCAACUUACGGAAGAACAAAUUGCAGAAUUUAAGGAAGCAUUUUCGCUAUUUGAUAAAGAUGGAGAUGGUACCAUUACAACUAAAGAGUUGGGUACAGUUAUGCGAUCACUAGGUCAAAAUCCCACAGAAGCUGAGCUUCAAGAUAUGAUUAAUGAAGUUGAUGCAGAUGGUAAUGGCACAAUCGAUUUUCCGGAAUUCUUAACUAUGAUGGCUCGUAAAAUGAAAGAUACUGAUAGUGAGGAAGAAAUUAGGGAGGCCUUCAGAGUAUUUGAUAAGGAUGGAAAUGGUUUCAUAUCUGCAGCAGAACUUAGACAUGUUAUGACAAAUCUUGGCGAGAAACUCACUGAUGAAGAAGUUGAUGAAAUGAUUCGGGAGGCUGACAUUGAUGGUGAUGGCCAAGUUAAUUAUGAAGAAUUCGUCACAAUGAUGACAUCAAAGUGAAUGCAACCUGUGUAAUGGAAAAACUUGCAACUUGGAGUGGUGUUGACGUAUUAAAAUAAAUCAAGAAACAAAGAAAAAUGUAAUGUUAACAAAAAACGAAUCGACCAGAAAGUGAAAAAAAUCUUAUAUCUGGACGCAAAGAUGUCUAUAAAACGCGAAAAAUCAACGUCCAACACGCGUUAAUCAUCAUUAACGAUAAGUAAUACAGGGCAAUUGUUUAAUUAAAAGAGUUAUUCCACUAAAAAUCAUUAUCUCUAAAUACACAAAACUUAAUUACACAACAUGAACAUAAAAAUACAUAUUACUCGCGCACAUACAUGAAUACAAAAAAAUAUACAGCACACACAAAUACCAUCUACAUAAAAGAUAAUUUAUUUCCGUAUUAAAAAAUAUAUAAUUAAAAAAUGUUAUAUAUAAUUAAAAAAUAUAUUAUAUAAUAUAUUAUAUAUAUAUAUAUAUAUAUAUAUAUAUAUAUAUAUAUGUAUAAAAUGUAUAAAAAUGCGUUUGUUGAUGAUAAAAGUUUCUCUACUUUCCUCUCUUUUUGAUCUUUUCCUUUUCUUCUCUGUCUAUACUUUUGAAGAUUUUCACAUGCAAGUUUUUCUAAAUUCUACUUUUUAAAAUAUUGAGAAAAAUUAUUAAUUAGUGAAUGGAGGAGAGGAAAAGUAUUAAAAGAAAGGAAAAAUUAACAAAUUAUUAUUAUAACAUAUUGUGUAGAUUCGAAUAUUAAUCAAGAUAAAUUAAAAAUUUAGUCUGAUUGUUCCUCAAUCAAAAAAAAAAAAUUUGUUUAUAACGUUAACAAUGAUAUUUGCUCUAGUGAGAAAUUUUAUCAGUAAUGUAUAUAUUAAGCGUUUAUUUUAUUUUGUUAAAAAAAUUCAGUUUGGGUUUUUUUUUCAUAGUUCAAAAAGUAAUAAGUUUUUUGCUGAUAAUUCCAUGCAUAUUAAAUUCUUUAUUGUAUCAUCAUGAAUAAUUCUAUUUCUUUAGUAUCUGGAAAAUAUAAGGAUUAAAGAAAAAUUCUCAGAGUUCAAAGAUGCAUAGUAUUACCUUGGACCACAUAUUUGUGUAAAGGUAGAACAUUUAUGAAAUUAAUUUACAUCAGAUUUAAUUUUGAUGAAACAUGCUUUUUUAAUUUUGUCAUAUCUUUAAAAAUCUUAUGUAAUAUACAACAUUAUACACGUACAUAUACACACAUACGCAAGUACACAACAGCAACAUAUAAAACAUUUCACCAAGUGCGUUCUGUAUUCAAUUUCAUUAUAAUCUCCCGUUUGUAUCUUAUCUCCACUGAAAAAGCCUUAAAACGCGUGCGCGUUAUACAACGUCGACACCACUUUUGUUGAAAUAUAAAUGAAAUCACAGGGAAAUAGGGAUGAGGGAUUAAAAAAGGAAUCAAGUCACAACAGUGAUCGGUGCAUUAUAUUUUCCUUCACCCAGGGGUGCGUGCCAGUCUCGCAAGAUGAGCAACUAAAACCGGAAAAACUGGUGUGAUUUUGUGCGAUUCGUACGAUAAUGUUACUUAAAUAUUAAGAACAGACACCGAAGAGUGGAAACACAUGCGUGUCGAUGGUUCAGUCAUAAUAUAUAUGUAAUAUAUAUUAUAUAUACAUAUAUAUAAAUAUAUAUACGUAUAUAUACAUAUAUAUAAAUAUAUAUACGUAUAUAUAUGUAUAUAUAGUUAUAUAUAAUUAAUUUACGAAAAAAAGGAAGAAAAGAAGAAAGAAUUCCUCCACAGUCCUUUAUUAUUUAAUAUUGAAGUGAACAAAAUGAGAAGUACUUGUAUUUCUGGUGACCUAGAUCGCAUUGAUCAUAAAAAGACAAAAUAAAUGUAUCCUCAUUUUUAGGUCACAACUACUCAAUUCGUUUCCUUCAUUAACCAAUGGACCUCUCGUUUCAGCCAUUUUUAUCUUCAUCGUCAUUUUCAAUGGCAUCUAGGAAUAGUUUGCCGACAAAAUGUAUGUGUAUAAUUCACUAUCAAGAUUCGCGUUAACAUAUCUACGAAGUUUCAUCGAUUCGAAAGCCUUUUAUAAAAAUAUUAAGGCAUACGAAUCGCAACAAAGAGCUCUUACAACUAUUUUACUUCACUUGCGAUCGUUCUGAUAGCUGUUAUCGUUAUUGUGAACAUAAAAUUAAAAUUUAGAUUUACGGCGAAAAUGUUCUCACUUUGUAAAGAUGCAAAAAAGAGAGAAAGAGGAAUCACGACAAAAGUCCUUUUGUAAAUGGUGAUAUAGAACUUAUUCAAAUAACAUCCCUAUUUAAAUGCUUAAACAAGUUAUUGCUCGUUUCAUCGAUCAUUGACAAUUAGUAUUUAAGUCUAAGUUAAAAAAAUAUAUUCCAAUAUUUAAUAUUAAUUUUAUAUUCGUGUCGCAAGUUAUACAUAGUCUAAACUAUAAUUUUAUUGUUCAAAGUUCUUUACAGCAAGCGUCAGGAGCCAACAUUGAGUUAAAAAAAAUAAAAUAAAAAAAUUAGUAUUGUAUUUAAAAAAUAACUAAAAGCCUGAAAUUUAUCAAAAAAAUGCAUUCUAAUUUCUUUAAGAGUUGUUUCUUGAGACAUUUGUUCCUCGCAAAUAAAGUAGUAGAAAUUCUAUAUCAUUCUUGUUCUCAAUCUUUUCUUCGAUACUACAUAAAAAAUAUUAAAAUGCGAUAUUUAUAAAACUCCGUCGUGACGUGGAUAAGACAUUAUUUAUUUUUGAUGUUUAUCUUUAAAAAAUAAUUCCAAUAAAUGUAUUUAUUCAUUCGGCUAACAAAGAAAUUUUUGCUACAUAUUUCUUUAUCCUAUAUUUGAGAUUGUACGAUUAUUAUUUCUAUUUUAUGUGAGAUAUUUUCCGCCAUAUUUCAAAGGCAUAUUUCAUUUAUCGUGCAUGACGAAGCGAUACAGUUUGUAUAAAGUGUUAUUAAGUUAAUAAAUUGUUCCCAUACAUUAAAAA